AUGUCUGGCGAGGAGAAUAAAGUGUCCGAAGACCUUUUCAAAGACGUCAAAUUCUACGUGGUGGGAGACAUUGAGCAGGAGGUGGUGCAGCUGUUGAAAGCGGGCAGAGGGAAGGAGGUGUCGUACAAUGCGCUGGCCACUCACAUCAUUGCGGAGGACGGAGACAACCCAGAGGUCAGCGAGUCCAGGGAAGUGUUUGACCUGCCAGUGGUCAAGCCAUCGUGGGUGAUUCUGUCAGUGCGCUGUGGGGACCUGCUGCCGGUGACGGGCUUCUCGCCGGAGUCUGGACAGAUCUUCUUUGGGGUCACUGCUUGUCUCCCGCGGAUCCCUGAGGACCUGAAUGCACUCUGGGCCUUCGUCACAUUUCAUGGAGGCAGCUGUCAGCUCAACCUCAACAGGAAAGUCACUCAUUUAGUGGUGAAGGAACCAAAAGGGGCGAAGUAUGACUGUGCUGUGAAACACGCUGGUAUCAAGAUCGUCACUCCGGACUGGAUCACAGACUCUGUCAGAGAGAAGAGCCGUAAAGAUGAGGUCCUGUACCACCCUCGCCUCACCUACACAGAGCCGGAAAGCGAGGACGAGUCGGACCGUUCCAGCUCCAGACAUUCCCCUGGCUCUAGCUCAACAGAGUCCAGCCCACGACGACGGCCCGGUCCCAAGAAGUUCAACUCUGUGUCCCCCCCACCACGCAAGCCAGAGCGCCGCUUAGAGCGCAUGUUUGACGACUCUGAUGACGACUCGUCCACGGAGAAGGAGGGUCUGAACCUGAACUGGACCCCCGCUGAGGUGACUCCAGGCCUGGGCACAGUGCGGAGGAGAGCUGGGCCCCCAGGGACCAGAGACCAGACCACCUCCUCCACCACAGCAGGAGGCGUAGGUCCAGGGGCCAGCGAGAUGAUCAACCUCUGCAGCUCUGUGCCCGUCCAUGCCCCCGGAGCAGGAGCAACUGAGGGAAGGCCUGCUGCGACCCCCACAAAUCAGGCUCCUCCUCCAGGAGCUAUCCCUGGAGGUCCUGAGGCCAUGCCCGGCUGGAGUCCUGCUGCUCGCACUCUGAGGAACAUCACCAACAGCUCCGAGCGCCCAGGACCUAUGCUUCAUCCUAAACUGUCGGGUCAGCCUCUUCCAGGAGAUCCUCCCCAGGCUUACCCUGUGCCCCAGCAGCAGUUCCCUCCUCAGGGCACACAUCCACAGCAUCAUCCCCAUCACCUCCAGAGCCAGCAUCACAUCAUGCAGCUCCAGCAACAACAACAACAACAACAGCAACAGCAGCAGCAGCAGCAAGCACAAGGCUUCCCUCACCCCAUGCCCCAACAACAGCUGCAACUGGCACAACAGCAGCACCCUAUGUCACAGCAGCACCCACACCCAAUGGCUCAGGCUCAGCAGCUCCCCCUCCAGACCCACCUCCACCCACAUGCCCUGCAGCAGACGCACUUCCUGCACCAGCCUCAGCACAUUCACACGCAGAACCUGCAGAGCCUCCAGCAGCCACCCGGGGCAGCAGUGAGCACACCACUGUACGGACACGAGCCAGGACAGGAAGUUCCUCCUGACGGCUUCUUGGUUGGCUGUGUUUUCGCCAUCGCAGAUUAUCCAGAACAAAUGGCGGACAAACAGCUGCUGGCCACGUGGAAACGGGUGAUCCAGGCAUGCGGUGGAGUGGCUGACAGCUCUCUCACCGCUCGCUGCACUCAUCUGCUGUGUGAGAGCCAAGUCAGUAGCAUCUAUAUGCAGGCGCUCCGUGAGGGAAAGCGCUGCGUCACUGCUCACUGGCUCAACACGGUUUUGAAGAAGAAGAAGAUGGUUCCUCCGACUCGAAUGCUUCACCUGCCGUUUGCCUUUCCCCCUGGAGCCAAGCCCUGUGCGCAGCAUAUCGUCUCGGUGACCGGCUUUGUCGACUCGGACCGCGACGACCUGAAGCUGAUGGCGUAUUUGGCCGGAGCUCGGUACACAGGAUACCUCUGCCGCAGCAACACAGUCCUCAUCUGCAAAGAACCGAACGGACUGAAGUACGAGAAGGCCAAAGAGUGGAAGAUCCCCUGUGUGAACGCACAGUGGCUGUGUGACGUGCUGCUGGGGAACUUUGAGGCCCUGAGGCAGAUCCAGCACAGCCGCUACCAGAACUACAGCCACACGGAGCCCCUGGCCCCCAACCCCCAGCUCGUCAUCAACCUGCUGGCUGCGUGGAGAGCUCCAAUCAAAGUGUCUCCAGAAGCCUUAGCGAAUCUGCAGCUGCAAAGACAGAAGCUGAACUCCAACAAUGAACCGCCGAACAAGAAGAGCAGGUUGGAUGAGGUACAGUCACCGGGACAGAAGCUCCCUCUGGACUCCACUCCUCUGGUGAUGUUCACGGGGUUAGAACCCGCGAGGGUCCAGCAGUACACCAAGUGGUUGCAUGCGCUCGGGGGGGAGGUGGCAGACUCCGCCCACAGAGUCACGCACCUCCUGGCCUCCAAAGUGUCCCGGACGGUGAAGUUCCUGACCGCCAUGUCUGUGGUCAAACACAUUGUGAGGCCUGAGUGGUUAGAGGAGAGCUGGAGGAGCCAGAAGUUUGUGGAUGAGCAGAGCUUCUCCCUCAGAGACGCAGAGGCCGAGGUUCUCUUCAGCUUCAGUUUGGAUGAGUCUCUGAAGAGAGCUCAGAGCUCCCAGCUGUUUAAGGGGAAGUUCUUCUACCUGACCCCAGGCAUCUGCCCCAGCCUCAGCACCAUGAAGGCCAUCCUGGAGAGCGCAGGGGGAAAGCUUCUGCCCAAACUACCCUCGUCCAAGAAGGUCCAGGAGCACACACAAAACAAGAAUCUUCCAGAAAUUAUCUUGAUUUCCUGCGACAACGACCUGCACCUUCUGCGGGAGUACUUCCUCAAAGACAUCCCUGUGCACAACGCAGAGUUCAUCCUGAGCGGAGUCCUCACACAGAAGAUGGACUACAGCUCGUUUAAAUUCACCUGA